CACUUCACGCAUGCAGCAAACAGUCUAACGUCUGACUGAGAAGUCAGUAUUUAAUUCCACAAUCCUCCGCUUCAUUUUGGAAAAGAAACUGACCUCAAACACUUUUAAUACAAAAUAAAUAAACAAUUUAGGCUGUGAAAAUGUUACCAAGAAGACGCGUCGUGGACUUGUUGCAAGUCAUUUCAUCGCAAUCAUGCAAAUGCCCAGCUCAUGGAAAUCCAGGUGGAAAUGGUGUGACAAAUCAUGGAAAGACACGUAGCACCAAUGCAACCACAACUCCAUCAAAAGAAUAUGCCUUCGAAAUGGCUUGUUCGACUAUUCGCUAUGGAGUUGGAGUCACCAGAGAAUUGGGCAUGGACGCUCAAAAUUUGGGAGCCAAAAAAAUUUGUCUCAUGACAGAUCCAAAUUUAGUAAAAUUAUCCCCCGUAAAAAAAUCUCUUGAAAGUUUAUCCAAACAUGGAGUUAGUGUCGAAGUUUAUGAUAGAGUCAGAGUCGAGCCAAGCGAGGCUAGUCUUCAGGAUGCCAUAGAGUUUGCCAAAAAAGGAAAUUUUGACGCUUAUAUAGCUGUAGGAGGAGGUUCUGUUAUGGACACUGCCAAAGCUGCUAAUCUUUAUUCAUGCGAUCCAAAUGCUAAUUUUCUAGAUUACGUGAAUGCACCUAUAGGAAAAGGAAAUCCAGUUUUAGUUCCAUUAAAGCCCCUGAUUGCAGUACCAACGACUUCCGGUACUGGUUCCGAAACAACUGGUACCUUAAUUUUUGACUACAAACCACUCAAAGCCAAAACCGGAAUUUCUAACAGAGCAUUGAAGCCAACGUUGGGAAUUAUAGAUCCAGAACACACUUUAACAUUGCCAGAAAGAGUUUGCGCAUAUUCAGGAUUCGAUGUUUUAUGCCAUGCUUUGGAAUCCUUUACUGCCAUUCCUUACAAUGAAAGAACACCUUGUCCAACGAAUCCAAUUUUGAGACCAGCUUAUCAAGGAAGCAAUCCUGUGAGUGACGUUUGGGCAAGAUUUGCACUUCAAGUGAUGCGAAAAUAUUUUGAAAGGGCUGUUUACAAUCAAAAUGACCUUGAAGCUCGGAGCAACAUGCACUUAGCGAGUACAAUGGCGGGGGUUGGAUUUGGAAAUGCAGGAGUACAUUUAUGCCACGGUCUUUCCUACCCUAUUAGCGGAAAUGUUCGUAAAUUUCUACCAGAGGGAUACUGUGAUGACCAUCCUAUAAUACCACAUGGCCUUUCUGUUGUAAUUUCUGCUCCAGCUGUCUUUUCUUUCACUGGAAGUGCUUGUCCAGAAAAGCAUUUGGAAGCUGCUGAACUUCUAGGAGCAGAUAUUUCUAACGCGAAAAAAGAAGAUGCUGGCAAAAUUUUAGCUGACACUGUAAGAAAAUAUAUGAGAGUGAUGAAGAUCGAGAAUGGUUUGACAGAACUUGGUUUUAAAAAGGAAGAUAUUCCCAAUCUCGUAAAAGGAACUUUGCCGCAGCACCGAAUCACAAAAAUGGCACCACUGGAACAAAGCGAAGAGGACCUCACAAGACUUUUCGAGAAUUCCUUCCAAAUUUACUAAGCUACAAAGACGCGACAAAUAUAAUUAAGGACUGCAACAAACAAAAAAUUGUGAAUAAUUACAAAAUAUUUUGACCUGAUCAACAAAUAACGAAGUUAUGCAUUUUUUAUAUUUUACAAUGUAUGGAAAAAUAUAUUAUG